AUGGCUACCCCUAGUGUCCUCGCUUUUGACGCUGAGGGUCGAGCCAUUGACUCUGAGGUCUGGGUCGACGACCUGCAGCUGUUCUUACAGUGCGAUAGGGCGGACGGUCUUUCCCUCUUUGACCUCACCUCUGGCGCCUCUCCUGCCCCUGCUGCUGAUGCUGACCCCACUGUUCGCUCUCAGUGGGCCACCCGCGAUGCUGCUGCACGUCUUGCUGUGCGUCGCCACCUGCCUACCACUGAGCGCGCGCACUUUAGUCAGUACAAGAGUGCUCAGACCUUGUACGACGCUGUAGUUGCGCGCUACUCUUCCCCUGCCACUGCUGCCCUGAGCCGCCUCAUGCUACCGUACCUCUUUCCUGACCUUGCUGCCUUUCCCACUGUCGCUGACCUCAUUACGCACCUCCGCACUAGUGACACUCGCUACCGCGCCGCCCUUCCUGCUGAGUUCUGCGCCAAGAACCCCCCCCCCAUGUACAUCACUCUCUAUUACAUAGUCACACGCCUCCCUGACUCCCUUCGCGUAGUCAGGGACCACUUCCUCUCAGUCUGUCCCACCACUCUCACUGUCGACCUCCUCGAGAAGUCCCUCCUGGCGGCGGAGAAGAGCAUCGUCGCUGUAGGAGCCUCUCGUGGUGACCCUCGCACCCCCAUCUUUGAGGGGUGUUCUCCUUCCCCCCUGCUGCCCUCUGUUGCCUCUGCUGCUGCUGCCGACCUGCUUGGUCUUGAGUCGGUCUGCGCGGCGUCUGCCCCUAGCGGGAGACGCCGCCCUGGCAGGGGCAAGGGGGGCAAGGGCGCGGGUGGAACUGGCGGGGGCGGUGGAGGUGGCGGUGGAGGCGACGGAGGGAGUGGGGGUGGCGGUGGGAGUGGUGGCGGGGGCGGUGGUGGCGGUGGCAGCAGCGGAGGAGGAGGCGGUGGUGGCGGCAGCGGUGGGAGCGGAGGCAGCGGUGGUGGUGGAGGUGGAGGCGGCGGUGGCGGAGGGGGUGGAGCUGGUCGGGGUGGUGCCCCGCAGCGUAGCGGCUCUGGUGGUGGCCAGCGUCAGCAGCAGCAGCAGCAGCAGCGUUCGCGGGACAUCCCCCCGCCCCAGCAGCUCCGUGAGUGUGAGGAGGGUGACUGUUACCGGUGUUUCCCGCCCGACCCGGGCAUUGGUACUGCUGCGCUAGGUACUUCUGCGGCUGCUGCUCUAGGUGCCAGUGCGUCUGCACUCUCAGGUACUGGUGAGGCUGCGCUCUCAGGUACUGCGUCGGCUUCGGCCUCCCUCACCUUCACGCUUGACUCAGGGGCUUCUCGCUCCUUCUUUCGAGACCGCACCACACUCACGCCGCUUGGCCGGCCGGUUGCAGUCUCCCUGGCUGACCCCUCUGGGGGUCCUGUCCUCUCUCACUUCUCCACUGUCCUCCCGUGUCCGGCUGCCCCCUCGGGCACCUUGUCUGGUCUGUACCUCCCCUCGUUCUCGACGAACUUGGUGAGUGGUGCUGACCUGCAGGAUGCGGGGGUUCACCAGUUUACUCCUGCGAGUCAGCGGGUGACCCACUGCUCGGACGCCCGCACAGGCCGACACCUGGCCACGUUUUCGCGUCGGCCGGGGUCGAGUCUCUACACCCUGACCACUGAGUCUCCUCCUGUCCCUGCGUCUGGCCAGGUAGCUGCGUCGGGUCAGGUGUUUGCUGCUGCGUCCAGGUCUGGUCCUGAGUCUGCCCCCUGCUCGUGUCGCCGCCUGUCUCAGGAGACUCUCCUGUGGCACCACCGUCUUGGCCACCCCUCCUUGCCUCGUCUUCGGGGCAUGGCUUCCCGUGUCCUUGUCUCUGGUCUUCCCCGGUCUCUCCCUCCCCUUCCUUCGGGACCCGGACCUUCCUGUGUCCCCUGUGUCGAGGGGCGGCUCCGGGCUGCCCCUCACUCCUCCCAGUUUCCCCCGACAGAGGCUCCUCUGCAGACGCUUCACAUGGACGUGUGGGGCCCGGCCCGCGUCCGUGGGCAGGGUCACGAGCGCUACUUCCUGCUGGUGGUUGACGACUACUCGCGUUACACCAUAGUCUUCCCCUUGCGCAGCAAGGGUGAUGUCACUGAGGUGUUGAUCGACUGGAUCCGCGCAGCUCGUCUCCAGCUCAGGAGGAGCUUCGGCUCGGACUUUCCUGUUCUGCGUCUGCACUCUGACCGAGGUGGAGAGUUCUCCUCUGGCCUUCUGCGAGCCUACUGUCGUGCACGAGGCAUCCGCCAGACCUUUACGCUUCCGGACUCUCCACAGAAAAAUGGGAUUGCUGAGCGCCGCAUUGGCAUGGUCAUGGACGUCGCUCGUACGUCCAUGAUGCAUGCGGCUGCCCCCCAUUUUCUGUGGCCGUUUGCGGUUCGGUACGCGGCGCAUCAGAUCAACCUUCACCCCAGGGUCUCCCGGCCGGAGACCUCCCCAGCUCUGCUGUGGACGGGGAAGGUCGGCGAUGCGUCUGCGUUCCGUGUCUGGGGAUCUCGGGCGUUUGUCCGCGACUUGUCUGCGGACAAGCUGUCCCCUCGUGCUGCUCCCUGUUUCUUCCUCGGCUUCCCCCCUGACGCCCCAGGGUGGCAGUUCUACCACCCCUCCUCUCGUCGUGUUCUGUCCUCCCAGGACGUCACGUUCGACGAGUCAGUCCCCUUCUACCGCCUCUUCCCCUACCGCACUCCUUCCCUCCCCCCGCCACCGCACUUCCUUGUGCCAGGUCCCCCCCCGGUAGACCCCCUUCCCCCUCAGGGUCCUGCCCCUUCAGGUGUGUCCCAGGUAGAUGCAGUCGAGCCGGUCGAGGUUGCUGGUGACUCUGGUCCUGCUGCGGGUGCUGAGCCUGGGGGUGCUGACUCUGGGGGUACUACGCGCGUGGGUGCUGAGCCUGGGGGUGCUGAGCCUGGGGGUGCUGAGUCUGGGGGUGCUGAGCCUGGGGGUACUGCGACUGGGGGUGCUGAGCCUGGGGGUGCGGAGUCUGGGGGUGCUGAGCCUGGGGGUGCUGCGACUGGGGGUGCUGAGCCAAGGGGUGCUGCGUCUGGAGCUGCUGAGCCUAGAGCUGCGGAGCCUGCGGCCACUGGACCUCCCCUUGUGGCGUCUGGCGGUGCGGGACCUGGCGGUUCUCCGGGUGCUUCGCCUCGGCGGGAGCCCCUCUCUCCACAGGAGCUGCGCGAGUGGUUUGCUCGCCGCUGGAGACGUACUGCUGGAGCUGGAGCUCCUUCGGCUGCUGAGGGUACUUGUGCCGCUGGUCCCGGAGCUGCUGGGCCCUCGGGUCCGCCUGGAGCUGGAGCUGCUGCGGGUGUUGGUGCUGAGACUGCUGCUGUCCUUCCUGGCGGUGGUCCUGCUGCGGGUGCUGCUGGUGCUGCUGGAGGUCCUGCCGCUGGAGGUGCUGUUGGCGCUGGUGCUGCUGCUGAGGGUGCUGUCCCUGCUGUGUCUGGAGUCGCCGCGCGGCCUCGGCCGUACUUCGUUCCGCUCCUACAGCAGGUUCUUGGUCUUUCUCCUCCUGCAGCGUGUCCACCGCCUGUUCAGUCACAGUCCCAGUUAGAGCCCGCCUCCCCACUUCCUGCUCCCUCUCCUUACACUGGUCCCACUGGAGGUCUUGCUGAGCGUCGUGAGCCUGCGUCUCGUCCUGCGUCGCCUGUUCGUGCUGCUCGCGCUAGUGGUCGCGGUUCGCGUCAGCGUCCUCCUCCUGUCCCUGGCACGCACCGGAUGUCUUUGCGUCCGUCCACUGCUCCUCUGCGUGCCCCUUUGCCUUCUCCUCCUGAGUCCUCCCUUCCUGCACUUACCGACCCAGAGUCCGACUCUCUUCGUGCUGCUAGUCCUACUGUCACACGUCUCCUUGCUACUGUCGUCACUGACCCCUCUUUUGAGUCCACUGCUGCGUCUGCGCUUGUUGCUGAGCUCGUCGACUUUGCUGCUCGCUGUCGUCUAGACUACGCUGCCGGUCUUGUUGCUGAGUCUGCGUCUGUCUGUCCUCCGUCCGUCGGGGGUGAGUGUGCUCUUGGCACGGACGUCCUUGAGGACAGGCAGGAGGAGUUCCAGUGUCUGGCUGCUGCUUCACCUCAUCUCGCGUCCGUACUACUUGCCCCUGAGGGAGACCCGGAUGCACUAGACAUCCCGACUCCGCGCUCUUAUGCGGAGGCCGUAGAGGGUCCCUACUCCUCUCAGUGGCAGGCAGCUAUGGAUGCAGAGAUGGCGUCCUGGAAGUCCACAGGCACCUACGUUGACGCGGUGCCCCCUCCUGGGGCGAACAUCGUCAGUGGCAUGUGGAUCUUCAGGGUGAAGCGGCCGCCGGGCUCUCCACCUGUCUUCAAGGCGCGGUACGUCGCUCGUGGCUUCAGUCAGCGGCAGGGAGUUGACUACUUUCAGACCUUCUCUCCCACCCCGAAGAUGACCACUCUUCGGGUGCUGCUGCACAUAGCCGCUCAGCGCGACUACGAGCUCCACUCUCUUGACUUCAGCACUGCUUUCUUGCAGGGUAGCCUGCACGAGGAGAUCUGGCUGCGCCGUCCACCUGGCUUCACUGGGACUUUCCCUCCUGGCACCCAGUGGAGCCUCCGACGGCCAGUCUACGGUCUCCGCCAGGCACCGCGUGAGUGGCACGACACACUGAGGACUACGCUUGCGGCUCUUGGGUUUGCUCCCUCUACUGCUGACCCGUCGUUGUUUCUGCGCACCGACACUUCUUUGCCGCCGUUCUACAUCCUCGUGUACGUCGACGACUUGGUCUUUGCCACAGCUGACACUGCUGGACUAGCCUACGUGAAGUCCGAGCUGCAGAAGAGACACACGUGCACAGACCUGGGUGAACUGCGCAGCUACCUUGGCUUGCAGAUCACUCGGGACAGAGCACGCCGCACCAUUACCUUGACUCAGUCACACAUGGUGCAGCAGGUCCUUCAGCGCUUCGGCUUCACGUACUCCUCGCCUCAGGCCACUCCUCUGUCUACUCGCCACUCGCUCUCAGCUCUGCCUUCGGAUGAGUCCGUAGAGUCGAGUGGCCCGUACCCAGAGCUUGUUGGCUGCCUCAUGUACCUGAUGACCUGCACACGACCUGACCUUGCAUACCCUCUUAGCAUUCUUGCACGCUAUGUUGCUCCUGGGAGACACCGACCAGAGCACAUGGCUGCAGCGAAGAGGGUGUUGCGCUACUUGUGCAGUACGUCGGGCAUGGGGCUAGUGCUUGGAGGGCGGAGUCCAGUGGUCCUCACUGGGCACGCGGACGCUUCUUGGGCUGACGACCAGGCUACGCAGCGGUCGUCGCAGGGUUACACCUUCAGUCUUGGUUCCGGCUCUGUCUCGUGGCGGGCUACUCGCUCGUCCUCUGUUCUCGGCUCCAGUUGUGAGGCUGAGAUCUACGCCGGGGCCAUGGCUGCACAGGAGCUUCGCUGGCUCACCUACCUGCUGACUGACCUUGGAGAGCAGCCUCGUUCUCCUCCAGUGCUGUACGUAGACAACAAGGCCAUGCUGGCCUUGUGUCGAGAGCAGCGCUUGGAGCACAGAACGAAGCACAUUGCUCUCCGUUACUUUCUUGCUCGUAAGCUGCAGCAGCGUGGUCAGUUGCGACUUGCGUACGUGGCCUCUGAGGCCAACACUGCUGAUGUGUUCACCAAGGCACUUGCGCCUUGUGACCAUCAGCGCUUCUGCACUCAGUUGGGUCUUGUACCUGUCUUGCCUCACUUGCUCUCCUCUUGA